CAUGGCAACAGUAUAGUGUACAAAAUGGCGACUUACAUGGUGUAAAUACUAUACAACGCAAAUUGGAUUUUGUAACCGUCUGUAGACUUGAUAUUGAAAACCGCGAUACAGUAAAGAUGUCCGAGCCAGGCGAUGAAUAUGCCGACCAGGCGAAGUCAAUGGUGAACGAGGUUAUACAGAAUGCUCUCAGACGGUUAGAAACAGGUGACCUUGAGCGGGAGAAAACCAGCGACUCCCUGAAGUCUGAGCUGCUGCCUCCUUCAAGGGAGACCACAUUAAUUAGAGAGGAGGACUAUGAAGUACAGAAUAUCAAAUGGUUAACAAUAGAAGAAUUUUCUCCUGAUGCUGCAGAAAAGAAGAUCAAUGAAUUCAUUGAGACCUGGGAGUACGAGAACAGUUGGCUCUACUGUGUUGAUUUUAUGGGCGAAGAUGAUCACGAGUUUGACAGGCGCUUCCAGUUCCGUGUUCGAUGGAGUAUUCCCACGAGGAGGAAACCCAUUCCACGUGCAACAGCGUCGGUCUAUUUCACGUUUAUCGUCUCCAAGAUUAAACCGAAGAAUUACCCCGUUGAAGUGUUGUAUGUUUUCGAAACAAACAGACUUGUUCACAGACCAGGGAUGUCUCGGUUCCGAGAGAAGUGGCUGAAGGACAUCAUUGAAAGCAAGGUCAUCAUGAUGUCAGCGGUCACAUUUUGAGACAAGAGCUCAGUGAUCUACGUACAGUCGUUAUAUACCGGAACACUUUAAUGCAGUACAAACCUACUCCAAACAGUUUUAUGGGAUUCCGAUGUUUGUAAACUGGAAGUCAGUAUCUGCUCUUCAUACCUCCUUUCAGCCAAGAAGAGUUCUGAUAAUGAGAUUCAUCUGUUACUGGUCAGGUGACAGGACGCAUCUUGAUGAACCUGAUUGUUAUUAGUUAACCUGUUGAGUGAAAUGCAUCUGCUACUUAUAAUAACUCCCCAACUAGUUAAUAUUUGUUCUUCGGGAUCUCGUCACCCUGUUUUCUAUAAUGUUUUGUUGUUUUUGUGGCAAAUUUGGGAUUAUGAACAAUAUUAACAUGGACCAGCCUUUCUAAAAAAAUGUCUAGCAAGGAAAGGUGCAGGGACACGAUGAACCCACCUAAUGUUCCUAAAAGAGAAAAUGCACAGACAAUAAUAUUUUAUUGUUGAAAUUCAAUGAGUGUUUAAAUUAUGUGGGAAAAUAUCUCUUAGAGUAAUAAAUGCUAACAGAUUUAACAAAGGGAAGAACAUUAAUAGAUGUCAACUUCUUUAUAAUGAGGAACAUGACGUUUCGGAGUAUAUUCUUACUCCUUUAUCAUUCACUUGAUAA